AUGGUUUUCAAUUCGUUGACUGAGGUUCCUCGCAACCUCAAGGAGGGCAUCGACUGGUUGGUAGCCUUGAAGGGAGCUGACGCUGAAAACAACUUGAAGGCUAUGGGCGCGGCAGUAUACGACUUUCUCGCAGACAAGCCUGUUGGAUAUACUAAGUUGCCGGCUCUUGAGAAUGUUAAACUUAUCACUAAGCAGUUCCUGGAGCAAAAGGAGCUUAGAGAUAGCUCAUUCGUAAGGAAAAUGUUGGUUAGGUUCAAAGAGCGUUUGGGGAAGAAUUUCUUCAACUUGCGUAGAUUAUUUUGUAACACCAACGUAGCUGAUUUAAAAAACAUGAUGCAGUACAGAUGUGCCGAUGCUAAAGGCAUCGCGUGGAUCAUAGGUAAGGUUGUAGGUGCUUGUGAGACGUUCGUGAAAACUACCAAGAACCCCGACUCGUAUGACUCUGCGUACAGUUCGGAAGCUACGUGGGAGGCAUCGUGCACGGAAGAUCCGGAAGCGUGCGCCGUGGUCCUCGUGGGGAUUGCGCCUAUGUUAUACGGAGGCCUACAUGCUUUGUGGUCCUCUACGAAAGUUGCCAUUCGAAAUGGGCCAGGGUCUGACGCAGAGAAGGCCUUGAGAGAUGUAAUGAAAGCAGUGGGUUACGAGGAGCCGGAGUGUCGUGCCACCUUAGGCAGUUCAGAUAUAUCGUGGGCUCUGACAGAUGUGGAUCGGGAAUUAUUUACCAUGCUCUACGAUCUCUGUGGCUUCUGGGCUUUCUACUGA